AUGGCGUCCGAACGAGCGGCGACCGAGGCAAUCUCGAACCCAAACAAUGACCUAUCCAGAACGUCCGAAAGGCAAUACAAAGAGCUUACAUCCGAGGACAUCCAGGAGCUGAGGAGAAAGUCUCGCCUCUCAAUGCCGGCGCCGAUUCGCAUACCAGUCGCGUCGUUUCUCUCGUUCGGAGUCGGCAUGUGUCUGGGCAUCGCACAGGGCAGUAAAAUGGCAGGACUUCGAUUCAGGGCAGAACACGCUCACAAGCUUCCCACCACCACGCCGGGAUGGUUCCUAUAUCACAAGAGCAAGAACUAUCACGUCGCCUUUUCAAGCAUCAAGGAAGGGUUCAGAAUGGGAGGACGCGUCAGCGUUUGGACGACGGCCAUGUUUGCUAUUGAAAACAUGUUUGACAUGUGGAGGGGCUACCCGGAUGCCCUAAACACGGUCCUGGCUUCUGUGACGGUCGCCGGUGGCUUCAGCCUAUGGCACAAGAUGGCCACCAUCGCAGUCAAAAAUGGCAGUUGCUUGUCUGUUUUACCUCUGAAGGCUGUCCUUCGCUCCUUGGCAGUAACAACGAUUUCUUCCUCUCCUCUACUCCUCAAUCCAUCUCUGGCGAUCAUGUCGGGAUUGGCUCAUAGCAAGAGCCCAUUACUGAAUCCUGAUCGAAACCCCAUAUUGAGAUGGGCAAUGAAAAGGACUUUUUACGCGCAAUUUUGCGCCGGCGAGAACCCCUUGGAGGUUCGGCAAACUAUCGCCGGGUUAAAGAAAAUUGGCUUCACCGGCGUCUUGCUCGGCUAUGCGAAGGAAGUGGUACUCAGUGACAAGGAAACCAAAGAACUUCACUCGUGCAUUGAAGGCAAAGCUUCCGAGGAGUCUACGCAAAAAGAGGUUAUACCGUGGGCAGAAGGGACCAUGGAAACUGUUAGACUUGUCAGCCCUGGCGAUUUUGUAUCUGUCAAAUUCACGGGAGCAGGAAGACAAGCUCUCUUUUCAUUGUCAGAGAAGCUCCCACCGCCCCCGGCCCUCGCCAAAGCCAUAGACGACAUUUGCAAACUGGCAACCGCGCGCGGCGUCCGCCUCCUGUUUGACGCCGAGCAGCAAGCCCUGCAGGCCGGCAUCGACGACUGGACCAUGCACUACAUGCGCAAGUACAACGCGCCCGGCCGCUGCGUCGUCUACAACACUUACCAAGCCUACCUCAAGGCCACGCCGGCCGUGCUGGCGUCGCACCUUCGCGCCGCCGCCCAGAGCGCCGCCGAGGGUAAACCGUUUGCGCUCGGAGCCAAGCUCGUCCGCGGCGCCUACCUCGGCUCGGACCCGCGCCACCUGAUCCACGACACCAAAGCCGACACGGAUGCGUGCUACGAUGGCGUCGCGGCCGCGCUCCUGCGGCAGCGCUGGGAGGGACCCCUCGCGGGCAGGGACGAGGGCAGCGAGUUCCCCGAGGUCCACAUGGUUCUGGCGUCGCACAAUGCAGAGUCGGUGUCCAAGGGGCGCGAGAUCAUCAGACGCGGCGAGGCCAGGACCACAGAGGUGGCGUUUGCGCAGCUGCAGGGCAUGGCGGACGAGGUCAGCUGCGACUUGAUCGCGAGUGCCGGCGAGAAGGAUGCCGCCGUCAAGUCGUACAAGUACCUCGUCUGGGGCACCACGGGCGAGUGCAUGAAGUACCUACUCAGGAGAGCCCACGAGAACAGGGAUGCGGUGCAGAGGACGCGUAGUGGGCGGAAUGCCAUGGCUGCCGAGGUCGGGCGGAGGCUGAGGAGGGUGUUUGGGCUCGGUGCAUGA